AUGUGGAAUAGUCUCGCUGAUAACACGGCGUGUCAUAGCAUUUGUUGCCCUCUUUAAAAUUAUUUUCGUUAAAAAAUGGCUUUACAUUUAAUGUCUGAUGCAGAUGAUAAAUUUAUAGAAGACAAUCUUCUGUCCUCUGAGGAUUGGGGUGAUCCUGGGUUCUACAAUAGAAAUCAUAUUCAGGAUUUAUCAGACGAUUUGAAUGAUGCUGAAGAUAUAGCCUUUAAUUCUGGAUUGGAUGAAGAGGAUGCUUUGUCAAGAUCUAGUGAGUUCUUAUCUGGUAUAAGCUUUGCGGGAGGUUUGAGCUCUGGUGAUAUUAAUGUUGUUGAUCUGACUAAAACUUGGCUUGGCUUAACUGAUGAGGAGCAUCACACAGAAAAUAAUGGAUUUCCGAUUAAAAGUGAGCCCCUCUCACCCCCUCCCUCUUCAGACUCUUCAGAUUCCUCCAGUGAAUCCAGCCAAUCAUCACAGAUCGUACAGACUGGUGACCCAUCCAAUGUCCACAUCAAGCUGGAGUCUCCGCCCCUUACACCACCCCGUGAUUCCAGCAUAGAUUCACCAUCACCUCCCAUCGGGGGUCAACAAACUUUCUUCACUAUUGCCAACGGAAACUUGCCAAACAAAGUCACCAAGUCUCUCGCCAGUGGGGUAAUCAAUGGUGCCAAGAAGGGUGUAGCCAUCGCACCCAAGCCUAUCAAUGGGGCUAUGAAGUUACCCCUAGCUCCUAAGCUAGAACCGGUGUCUACAAAAACAUCCAUGCACUCACCUACCAAGCCAACAGUUACUAUUAAACAAAUUCCAGCUGCUGUGAGACCAGCAAUUGUUGUCAAGCACAGUGCUCCAACACCAACAGGGCGUGGUUCUUCUGCCCCUCCACCAGCCAAACAAGCCAAGAUUAUACCGGUAUCUUCUCACACCAACAUUCCAUCUCCUACCACACAACCAUUAGCAGUAGUCACUCAGCCUUGCCCUCCUGAUAUUGAUGUAAAGGCAUGGAAGAGGCAACAAAGAAUGAUCAAAAAUAGAGAAUCUGCGUGUUUAUCAAGAAAGAAGAAAAAGGAGUAUGUACAAGAGUUGGAAUGUAAAGCACAGAGCAUGGAGAAAGAAAUCCAGAGGUUAAGAUCAGAAAAUCUAUCACUUAGAAGUAAGAUGGAAACACUGGUCAAGGAGAAUACAACUCUAAAGAAAAUGCAUUCAUCUGUUUUGUCGUCUCCUGGGAGGACAGCCACGUUUCUAUUAGGAAUAGUUUUAAUUAUUGGAUUCAACCUUUCACCAUUGAGCCUCUUCAAUCAAGAUGGGGGUUUAGCCUCAGAGUAUAAUACGGGUAACCACGCGGGUCGUGCACUCCUCGGCUUCUCGGAGAUGCCCAACGACUCCAAGCUCCAUAGCAAAUCAAAUCAAUCCAUCCCUAGACACGCCUCCAUUCAUGACAUCAUGGAAGAUGUCCACCUAUGGGAGAGCAUCGCCAACCAGUCGGCUUCAGACGUUGCUAUAGCAACCAUGAAGGAGAUCCGUUAUCUUCUGCCACAGGGUAACCGGUUUUGCCUGCAUCAGAUGAAUGUUACAGACACCAUCAGGCUGACAGAUGUUCUUCAGUUCUGGGCUAAAAAACAAAGCGUGGAGCAGAAGAAAUCUAAAAAAGAGGAAGAAAUACAAAAGAAGAAGAAAAAGAAGAAGCGUCGUCAGCCCCAGCACGGCCGCUUCCGCUCAGGCCCAGCGCUUCAUGUGGAGUCAGACGAGAGGGCGCUUCAACUAUACGAUAAUUUUUUCCAGAGAACGUACGACAAUCUGCUGGAGGCCCUCAAUAGGAGGGAUGAUACGUUCUAUGUGGUGUCUUUCAGAAAUGAUCAUUUGCUGUUGCCAGCUACUGCUCAUAACAACACACACAGACCUAAGAUGUCUCUUGUUAUGCCUACAGUCACUGCUAAUGAGUCGAUGUGGAACACUCCCAAGGAUCACAUCUCCAUGAUGCAAAUUGACUGUGAGGUCAUAGACACUAAGGUAGUACACGUCAAGGACCACGCCUCCACCCCUUCUCCCGUCGACGACCAUAACAAGACCGCCUACCACCAGCCAUCUGUCCCUGCCAGCCCUCAGCGUAGCGAUGCGGCCAGUAGGCAACCCAUCUCAAGGACCGCACCAAGCUACACAGCUACCGAUGGAAUUGGAUACCACCCUAGGAACCUCACAGCAGUCAAUACACCAUAGCCAAAUAUAUGAAGUUUUGUAUCCGGAGAGAGUGCAAUCUUGGUGUUUAAGAAGAGGUAUACAAACAAGUAUGUCACCCAUUCAAUUGGUUUCUUUCAGUUUUUGUUGUACUUUGUGUUUAUUUAUGCGGCACAUCACAUCACUAAAGAUAGAUCAUUAAAACUUUUUAAACUAUGAUAUAUUUACAUAGUUCUUUUUAUGAUGAGACUCCAACACACUCACUUGUUUUUUGUUCUUUUUCUCAGUUAAAAAUAGGUGAAAGUAAUAAUGAAUUGUGUUUUUUAAAUUAAUAUUCAAGUAUUUCAGAAGUAAAGAGGUUUAAACUUGUUUUGUUAAAUUAGCUUUCUGGGUUAAGAUAUCUAGCAUGUUUUGGUACAUGAAUGUGGAAUGAUAAAUGACGAGAGCUUCACUUUGUGAUGUUAAAAAAAAUAUUUUAAAAUCAAAAGUUAGAAAAAUAUGUUAAAUUUAGUGUUGCCUUAAUACACUAAAUUGCCUUCAAGCAAGUUGUAUAUUAUAUGUUACAAUAUUUUAUUGUAAAUUGUUUGUUGGGAUUGGAUACAGAUCUGACUGAUGGAAGCCUAUUGUACAUUGUAAUUAUUUUGUAUAUGAAAAUGUUUUUAGUUCUGAAAUAUUUCUCGUAAGAUUAUUAGUAAAGCAUACAUUAUAAGAGGGUGUUACUAUGUCUGAUUGCAAUUUGACAAUUCCAUCAUGUAAUUACUUUUUUUUUGCAAAAAUGUUCAUAAAAUAAGCAUUAUGAAAUCACAGUAGAUAUAGAUUAGCCAAAUAAACCAUUGAAUCUCUUAUUCCCUUAGACCUUGUACAGGGCCCGCUUGGUUCCAGGAGGCAGUGGGUUCAUCUUUAAAUAUGUUUGGAAGAGUUUCCCCAGUUAUUUGUUCCUCCCAAGUAUUCAUCUUUUUUUAAACAAAUUUGUGCAAAGUGUAAGCUUUCACUUAUAUAUCACUCUUGAUAUUUUCAUGGAAUGCGAUCAAGAAGCUUCACAUGUUAAUGUAGAAAUUGAUAUUUGGCUGUUAGAACUGAUACAUGUUUGAAUAUAAAUCGAGACACUUGAGCAUGCGUCAGUGAUGGUAUCUUGAAAUUCCCACUAUAGUCUAGUGUAUUGACAGACAGUUCACACAUUGAUAAUUUCUUGAAGAUGCAUUUUUGCAAAUAGGUAACAAUAUUUAGUAUAGUAUUCCUUUGAUAUAUGCAAAAAUAAACCUUUGGCCGAGUUGGAGAAGCAAAGUAUAAGUACAUGUUAUAAUAAUAGUAAAUAUGGAGAACCACUGACAGAACAUCCUCUGAAUGGAAAAUAUCAUGUAUAGAAAUAAAGUAGUGUUAAUAUUCAGUCUUUUUCUCUGCAAAACUCUCCUCAAAAUCCCCCAAAUUACAUCUCUACAAUUCACAGUUUCACUGCAUUUCAUGCCUAAUCUGUUUGAAUGUUUUUUCCAUUCUAAUUUAUUUAUAUGAUGAAAUAUGUUAUUUAUAAUAUCAUGAUAAUCACCAUUUGGAUUUAACCCUAAUUCUCCCGGGGGGGGGGGGGGGGGGGGGCCAUAAUGGCCCCCCCCCUCGACAAUUUUCGCGAUAUAUCUGCUUCGCGAAUUUUUUUUACCUCGCCGCUCACUGACUUUUUACUUUCAAGUCUCGCGCAAAUUUUGAGACCAAAUUUGUGACGCGCGGGUACGCGGUUACGACAAUACGCAACAUUAUAUAAGUGCAUGUCAGACCCACAAUUGCUCUUAAACGUGAUUUCAUGUACAAAUCCAAUGCAAAUAGUGUAUUUAGCCAAAAUUCAUAAAUGUAUCAUUAUUUCUACUUUUACUGAUUAAACUUAAUUAAUUUUGCCUUGUUUAUGAUCAGAAUUAAGUCUGGAACGAUUUCCAUUGAAAAAACAAUAAAAAACCAAAAGUAAAAAAACAAAGAAAUACAUAAGAAAUUCAUAAAACAAUAAAAUACAUAAGAAAUUGAUUUCCAAACCGAAGUUUUUUUUAAUUGCGAUUGUUAAGAAUGCUACAAAGAAUAUUUUUACCAAAAAUUAGCAUUCUAGGAGCUUUAUUUAGUGAAUUAGAGCAAAAAGUAUGAUUUAUGCAUAAAUUAGCAUAAAUAAUUCAUAUAAAAUAAAAUCUCAAUAUUUUGGAAAAUUUUACCAUACAGCCUUGUAGAUUACAUCACACACUACCAGCGUGCAAAUUUUUGCGUCGCUCGCGCGAUCGGCGGCCGAGAUCUUAAGGGGGGGCCAUAAUGGCCCCCCCCCCCCGGGAAUGACAAGAAUCAAAAUACCCCGGGAGCUUGAGGGUUAAGAGUUAAACAAAUUCGAAAUAUAUGUUUUUGGAAGACUAUACUGUGAAAAUAAUAAUCUAUUUAACUCAAUUCAAUUAUU